AUGGAGGAGCAAUCCCCUCUGCGUGGGGAUUUGACGGGAGCAGGUCAUGUCAGUUGCAAUGCUUCUGCCACAACAACAACUCAAGGGAGGCUAAGCCACUCAGGUGCCAUAGUCGACACAGACUCGGACCUUGAGAGCGUGCAGCUCUCUAAAGAAGAGGAGGAAAUCCUUCACCGCUCGCCGAAACCAGGAACCAGCUCCCCGCGCAGGGACGGGCUGAAGCGUUCAAGCCUGGGGAUGAAGGCUAAGGCCCAACUUCCCAACAUGGCAUCAACGGGCGGAUUCGCCAACAAGGUGAAGGACAAGCUGACAUGGAAGCCCAAUGUAAUAGAGAGGGAGAAAAAGGCCACCAUAGCGCUAUAUGCAUCCAAGAAGAUGCUUAGCACCACAUGGGACCUCUCACCCGCUCUAAUGCACUGGGCUUACAUCUCGGUGGUGCGUCGAACUCUGAUGUAUGGAGUCUUAGUGUGGUGGCAGGCUAUGGAAAAGAAGACAUACCACAAGCUCAUGGAAAGAACUCAGCGACAGGCACUACAUCCACGCGCAAAUGAUCGCAGGAAAGGCUGCACAACGCCUAGUUGCAUCAGGGAAUAUGUCUCUACAAGGAACGGGCAUAGUUCAAUUUGUAGAGACAUGAGCACCAUAUCUGACUAUAUGGUCCCCAGAACGUGCCCGGAUGUAAGAACAACAACAUUCAUGGGACCAGACGACUGGAAAACAGGUCAGGACCAUGCUCAACACUUCAAUAUAUACACGGACGGCUCCAAGAUGGAAGGAGGAGUUGGAGCGGGCAUAUACUGUACAGACCCUGAAAUGAGGUUGUCGUAUAAGCUUCCAAGCCAAUGCAGCAUAUUCCAGGCUGAAGUAUUCGCCAUAGGUCAAGCGGCGAUAAGAUCCAUGCAAUCGUCAGCGGUCAGUUCCAAAAGUGUACUGGCAAGCAGGGAGGCACUAGAUAUCAGCACGACCACGUCAGUGCGGAUCUACUGGGUUCCCAGCCACCAGGGCAUCGAUGGUAUUGAGACGGCCGACGGACUUGCAAAGGAAGGCGUUGGACUGGCGAACGAAAGAUCAGAAAACGUUCCUGUCUCCCUUAGAACGCUCCAAAGCGAACUGGAAAGACGGGCCGACACACGAGCCAAAAGCAGAUGGAGAAGAGCUUCCACCACCUGCAAAAUUUCAAAAAUCAUGUGCAAACUCAGUCACUACGUGCUGCAUCUUAUAAGGAAAGACUGCAGACUGUUAGUGGGAAUACUUACAGGUCACUGCCUAGCUGAAGCACACGCAGUCAAACUGGGCAUUACCGACAACGCCAAAUGCCAGAAAUGUGAUGAAUUCGAGGCAAUCGAAACCGUCGAGCAUCUCAAAUGCAAGUUUUCGGCCCUACCAAUCGAUCCUAAAAGAUUUCGAAAACCACGUAACCAUUCUCUAGGUCCAUAA